UAUAGGUUGUAGCAUUUACGUAAAAAAUAUGUUGUAAUAACGAAUGUUAUUUUACGGUAAAAGUUGUCUUAUCAUUAAUGGUGGUGUGUAUUACAUUUACUCUUGCUGGGCGUGUGCUGGAGAGUUUUUUCAAUAAUACGCAUCUUCAGGUUGCUGGACUCAGCGUAAGCCCACAGGUCACUAUGCACCCUGACCUCUCACCUCACCUGCACACAGACAAGUGUAAUGAACUAAUAUCGCUUCUGAAGCAGUGCCACAAUGAGCACAGUUUCCUGAAGUUCCUUGGCAAGUGCAAUGAGGAGGACCGAGUUAUGCGUCAGUGUCUGAGGGAGGAGGCAGAGGAAAAGAGGAAGCAAAGCCAUCUGCGUGCUAUCGAGAUGAAACGCAAGGUGAAAGAAGGCCACAAAGAAUUGUGAAGGACACUUUACUGCAACAGGACCACUGGUACCGAAGGGAAAAGCCAUGUCCAGAAUCACCCUUUGCAUCCACCAUUCCCAAAAAAAGUAAUCACUCUUUACUUAACACCGUAAUGUGCAGGAAAAUGGACUCUUGUGAAUAACAGACAUGUUCACUUUUGUGUCCCUACAUCUGUUAAAGCUGAAGUAUCACAAUUUCCCUUUUUCCCUAACAGCAGUAUAUAGUGAACACAUUUUACACACAGGCAGGAGUUAAUUGAAAACAAAUUCUUCUGAUAUGAGGACACACAUAUCUGUGUAACUUCUCCCUUGCAAUGUUAAAAGUACACUCAACAUGGUACAUUUUUAAAUUGCCAGUGUAAAAUUAUUGCCUUGAUACUACUGAGAAACUAGCACCGUGCUUCUCCAGCACAAGCCUCUGCCAACACUAGUUUCCAGUUCCACAAAUUUUUUACCUUGGAAAAAAUUUUCAAGGUAAUAGUCCUGUUAGAAGUGGCUUUUCAUA